AUGCAUAGUUCAUCGGCGGUGGCACUGUGCGGCUUGCUUGUCCUGCUGACGGUGGUGGAGGCGGGAAUUGUUUGCGGUACCAAUACAUCCUCCGGGACCGAUAACGAUUAUGAGCAAAAUGUGUCGAAAUUGAUAUUCGAUUUUAUCGAAAACUAUAAACGGUUGAAAUUUGGCCUUAUUUUUACAUGUACGCGGCAGACGCGGUUGUCAUACGGCAUUUCCAAACUGCUGAUGGAAGCCAAUAUACCGGUUCGUGUGGUGAACGUCGAUGAUUACGGCAAUGAUGACGGUGGCAAUCAAGAGGAUAGUAAUGCGAUAAUUAACGACGUAAAGUAUGCCUUGCUAAUGCGGACUCUGAUCGCCCAUCGGCAGUUUGUUGUUCUGGAUCAGUGCUGCGGCGGAGCAAACGUGGUUUUGGAACAGGCCUCGCGAUAUGAGCUUUUUAACGCAUCGUUCCAUUGGUUGAUAAUUGAUAAAAAGUUGGACAGCGACGGCACUGACAUACAGAUGUCCAUGGCUGCGGCCGAACCAGAGCUCUGGACCAGGAUGUAUCGAUUACGAGCGGAACAGGCUGCACUCCGUUGUCCGAGCUGGACCCGGCAGACAACGGACCUGCAGGCUGAUUCUGUGCUAUCCCGCUGCUGGCCGGCGAGUGCUCGAACCCAGAACGAUGGCAACAGCUUUGAGGUUGAUUAUGACAAGAAGAGCUACGACGCCGACGAUGGCGAUGUAUUUGGCCGUUUCGAAACAAUGAACAUCAGCAUCAAUGCGGAAAUAACUUUGGUGAAGCCAACUAGUGCAUCGUAUCAGACAUUCGCGCUAUUCGACAUUUGGAAUCCCGGCUACAUCAGCGGUGGCCGUUUGAAUGUUACGGUCAUGGGAAAUUAUUCGAUUUGUUCUCAGACGGGCGAGGGGCAGUUGUUGAUCCGGUUCCGCGAAAGCACCAUUGUACGCCGCCGAAACCUGGCGGGCCUCAAGCUGAAGAUAAUGACGGUAGUGACGCAGAAGCCACACGAACCAUUCGAGCAUUACCUGUCGACGCCGAAGAACACUCAUCUGGACUCGGUGCACCGGUAUAAUUUCGGGCUGAUGAGUUAUUUGAAGGAUUAUUUCAAUUUCAGCUUCAUUAUGAGACGAACGAAAAGCUGGGGUUAUCUUCGGAACGGGACAUUUGAUGGAAUGAUUGGUGCACUGGCCAGGCGGGAAGUGGAUCUCGGCGGAUCGCCGAUGUUUUUCCGCCAAGAACGCCACCGGGUGGUGAGUUAUACCACCCGAUCCUUUAUAGAACGGCCGUGCUUCAUCUUUAGACAUCCAAGGAGACAGAACACAAUGCGAAACCCGUUCCUUCUACCGUUCGAGACAGUAAUCUGGUAUUUGAUGACGAUUUGCGGUGCCAUUCUAGUUGUAGUUCUGUUCAUCAGCUUCUACUUUGAAGAUGCAGGCAUUGUUCGCAUUGGAAAAAGUUCGAUACAUGCUAACAAGUUCGAUGGGCGCUUCCGACUCACUCCUUUAAAAGUUGGAGACGACGAAAGUUAUUACGAAGAUAGUUUUCAUUUUAAGCCGACCGACGGAAAGCGUCUCCCCCUCUGCUCGGGCCCGGUUUCGCGUCAUCGCGACAUAAAGGAAAAUGCACUUUUUAAUGGCACACAUAAACAUAACAGCAGCCCGGAUCUGCAGCGGCAUCUGCUACUGGAGCGCCGUCAAUGGCGGAAGACAUUGAGCCAAAGGCACCGUUUCAAUGCACAACAUCAUCGACCAGCGGAGGCAGCAGCGGUGGCUAACGACGAAAACAGCAAUAUCGCAGCUAGGAAAGCGGAAACGAUGCAGCAAACAGCGCAGUUUGCGAAAGUCAGUCCCGCUGCCUGCAAGGCUAAACAGGAUGCACGCGAAAGUUAUUCCGCGAGCAGCAAUUAUAAAGCGGAUAAAUUAUCGAAAAGUAUUUUGCUCUUUCUCGGCGGUGUUUGUCAACAAGGGUUAUCUGAGAUUCCGCAUCUUCCCUCCGGCAAGUGCACAUCACUAUUCAUCCUGCUCUUCGGCUACCUGAUGUUUCAAUUCUAUUCGGCCAGCGUUGUGGGCUCACUACUGAUGGCUCCUGCUAAGAACAUCAAAACACUCCGGAAUUUGAUCGAUAGUCGCCUGAUAUUGGGAAUCGAAGAUAUACCGUACAGUCGGGAUUAUUUCAUUCGAACGCAGGACGAGGACUCGCUGGAGCUGUACCGUACGCGCAUCAAUUUUCUAAAUGAAAAAACACUCCAAAAUGAGUCGCACUUUCUGAAUGCCGCUGAUGGACUCGGUCUGGUCAAGGCCGGCGGAUACGCAUUUCAUGUGGCCAUUUCAGCCGGCUACAAAAUCAUUCGGGAAACUUUUAGCGAGCUGGAAGUGUGCGAGCUCGCCGAAAUUGACAUGUUCCCUCGGUCGGCCCAGUGGAUGGUGGCGAUAGUGCAGAAAAACUCCCCCUACAGGGAUGUUAUAACUUAUGGAUUACGACGGUUGAAUGAAGCCGGCAUAAUGGACCACCAGAGACACGUUUGGCAGGAACCGAAACCGAAAUGUGUGCGCAAAAUAGCGCCAACGGAUCUGAUUGUUGGCAUGGAUAGUGUUUAUUCGGCGUUUAUCCUGCUGUUCGCCGGUUCGCUCCUGUCCGCUGGCUUACUGUUGAUUGAGAUACUGCAUCACCGGCUGCUGCGGCUGCUGGAACUGCGAACCGAGCUGUGCUGGGAUUCGCGACGACGGCGGUGGCAUCAGGCUCGGCAAUGGCCACAACAACGACAACUGCUUCGACCUCAACCGGCGGGAUUCGAAAAACUUCCGCCGCAGCUUUGGGAUCGCGACCGCGUUUAUCCCUAUGCAGAUUGA